AUGGCGCCCGACAUUGCUACGCGCAUCAAGUCCAAACUCCUCAGACGUCGACACUCGUCGUCGGCAGCCCCGUCCCUGAUUUCCAGCAGUCGAAGCAUCGCAUCGUCCACCGACAACCACAGCCUGCUAACGCCCCAGAAGCCGGCUGCGGUGCAGGCGUCGCGCGAGGCCUCGACAGCGUCUGCCGCCAGUCGCACGCAACCGAGCGCGAGUGGGCGCAGUAGCUUUCUCGUGACGAACAAGAGCGAUAACUCGAAUAAAUGCAGUUCCGACAGCUCGAAUGCGGACGAGGAGGACAGGGACGAGGAUGGCGAAGGCGAUGGCCCAGACGCCAAGGACCUGCACAAUACCUUGGGCACUAGUGAACCCAAUGCUGGCGACCCGCAGCCGGCGGCAACACAACCACAACCACAACUGUCACAUGAACCACCAUCACCAUCGCCAUCACAAUCACAGUCCCUCCCGCUCCCAUCACCACGGCCGCCUCAAUCGUCGGCAGGCCGCCUGCAGCGCAUUGAAGAGACCUCUCCCACCUCGCCCACCAGCGACCGUGCACACCAGGAGCUCGCCGCUGCCGCCACAGCAGCUUUGAACCGCAGCAAACGGCCAGGCCCUCUCGAACUCGACCCCAUCCCCCGCGCCCCAGCAUCCUUCAUCCAACUCGAUCCGCCCUCUCAAUUCCCCUCGACUUCGAAUACACCCAAUACUGCCGCCUACAUCCAGCCACCCCCUCUUCCCCGCCGUCAGAGCCUCGUCUCCCAUCGCCAGAUUGGCAUCGCCAAGGCCCUCCUCAACGGGCCCUCGACGCAUGACACUGAGGACGCGCACCUCGAUCUGGACGCCGUGAUGGUGAGCGCCACGCGGAAAAUCUGGGUCAAGAGACCGCAUGCGUCGCCGACCCUCGUGACUAUCAACGAGGACGAUCUGGUCGACGAUGUGCGGGACAUGAUCCUCCGGAAAUACGCAAACUCAUUAGGCCGCUCCUUUGACUCGCCCGACAUUGCUCUCCGAAUCGCUCCCCGCGACCAGUCACAAAAUGAGCGGUUCCUCGGUCCCGAGGAGCACAUGGCUCGCAUCGUCGACGCCUACUUCCCCGGCGGCCAGACCGUAGACGAGGCCCUGGUGAUUGACAUACCUCGGAGAACGCCCAAGCCAUCGCCGCGACCGGCAGGCUUGUAUCCUAGUGAGGAUGGGCGUCCGUCGGAAGGAGGUGAAGGCUACUUUCCCCCCGUCAACGGCAGUGCACACUCACCGAAUCAUCAGUUCGCCGUCCCCGUCCCGGCACCUAACGGCAUACCGCACUCGAUAUCCGUACUAGGGACCGGCCACAUCCCGGCUAUCCCGUCACCAGGUAGCUCACGGACGGCGCGACAGUAUCGCGAACGCGCAGAUCGACCUCGUCUCGGCCGUACACACACAUCCUCACCCAACGUCCUCUCCGACCCCAACACUGGGGCACCGCCCGUACCGGCAGAUUCCUCAUCCCACGCGUCGCAACAACACGGCCACCGACCUUCGCACUCGCGGGCACAGUCCAACUCGUCGGAGCAGAAACCAGCGGUGCCUGCUGGGGCAGCACCAACGUCGCCCGUAGCCUCGACGUCGCACGCUCGAGUGGCGACUCCCCCGCCACGCAUCUCCUCUCCUCGCCCCUCUGCCAACCGGGUGAAGAAGGUGAAAAAGCCGGCCGAGUUUCCGUCGAACAUGCCCGGUAUCCUAGGAGGCAGUGUCCCUCCCAUCAGCGUCCUCAUUGUUGAAGAUAAUCCUAUCAAUCUGAAGCUGCUCGAGGCUUUCGUCAAGAAACUCAAGGUGCGAUGGCAGACCGCUAUGAAUGGAAAAGAUGCCGUGGAUCAGUGGAGGACAGGCGGCUUUCACUUGGUGUUGAUGGACAUUCAGCUGCCGGUCAUGAGUGGCCUGGAGGCGACGCGGGAGAUCCGGCGGCUGGAGCGUCUCAACUCCAUUGGUGUCUUCUCAUCGACAUCUUCCUCGUCCGGCAGCCAGCCCGAGGAAGACAAGGAGGAGGUGGCCGAUGCCGAUCGACUGGAGAACAUUGGUCUCUUCAAGAGCCCCGUCAUCAUCGUGGCCCUGACGGCUAGUUCGUUGCAAAGCGACAGGCAUGAUGCGCUGGCAGCCGGUUGCAACGAUUUCUUGACAAAGCCCGUCAACUUUGUUUGGCUCGAGCGCAAGGUUAUGGAAUGGGGCUGUAUGCAAGCUCUCAUUGACUUUGACGGCUGGCGCCAGUGGAAGGACUUUUCGCAACCUGUCGAGGAGAAGGGUAAGAACACUUCGACCAAGGCAAAGCCCAGGAAGAAGUCCUCCCUGGCCGUGGAAGCGUGA